UGCUGUUCGCUUUGAUGGCCCUUGUGUAUUCUGCUCCUGCUCCGGCUCCAGCACCUGGCAAUGAUCCCACUGUAUCCGUGCUAAAGUACAGCAAUGACCAAGAGCUAGAGUCCAUUCAGCGUGCAAUUAUUGCUCAAUAUGAGGGUCAAUAUGGGGGCACCACGCAGAUUCAUGCUCCACGCACCGCGACCCUCGUCAAUCCUCAAACCCUAGGAAUACACAUAUAA